UGUAACACUUAAAAUUCCUGUAAAGAAUUAACAAAUCAGCAAAAUGGGCGAACAGGCUGAAAAUUUGAACUAUGACUGCAACUACAACAUGUUCCUGGCCAAAAUAAUGCUCUCCAGUCUCCCCAGAUCCGAAGACAGACAAAAGGCGGUUAAAUGGAUGAAGAAACUGACGACGUGCAAUAGAUCCUUGGAGGAAAUGAAGCUCCGAAACGAUUUUAUGUACUAUUUGGUCGUUAAUAUUCAGCAAGGAGAGCUCCAUCCGCCUUUCACGGAAAACCCCCCACCUAGUCCCCUGCCGAAUAUAGCCCACCUUUUGCCAGGAGGAGUGGCGGCACCGGCUGACGUAGACGACAUGAACGAUCCAUCUUCAGGGGGUGCGAGUGGCGGAGGAAAGAAACCCAUGCUGUACGAGCACUCUCCGGACGGGGGGGCCUUCUUGGCCGCCCAGCCGGUACCCAGAUGCGGGGCCUUCUGUUACCUAGCCGUCGUAGCCCGAGAACCGAACAGAGAUUAAUCAACGCAGAGAUUCUUAUUGAUACAAUU